UAUGCAUGCACUGUCAAGUUGUUGAAGAUCAGAAUUUUAUUACAACACUGAUUUGACCAAAGUAGAUUAUACUUCACAAGAGCUUAUGCGCAAAUUUAAUAAGUGAUUUGAGCACACACCCUUUCUCCAUGACCCUGCCCUCCAAAAACUUUUCAGGCAAACUGAUGUCAGCACAACGCAGGAGGCAGAGAAUCAUGUAUAAUUGGACAGUUCUUUUAGUGAUAUCCUACAGCCCACAUGAAACGGAUUUAAGCCGAAAGUGUUGAAAGUGAUGAAGUGUUAUAAAGUGAUCACAUAGCUUGGAAGAUUGUGUAGACAUAUGGAAUGGUUAAAUCAUACAAAAGCAUCAAUUGAAUAUUUUUCACUCUCUAAUAGCUCUGUGGAGAAUGGGCAGCUUACUGAUCCUGCGCACUGGGCUGUGGCGGAUGUGGUCAAUUACUUUAAAGCAACAGGGUUUGAGGAGCAAGCCAACGCUUUCCAGGAUCAGGAAAUCGAUGGCAAAUCCCUUUUAUUAAUGACUCGUAAUGACGUUCUAACCGGACUAUCAAUAAAACUGGGUCCUGCACUGAAGAUAUACGAGUAUCAUGUCAAGCCUCUCCAAACCCAACAUUUAAAAAGUACCGUCUCGUAGCUGCUGCAGACAUGUGGACACAUGGAAGACAAUCACGCAGUGCAGGGUAACUGCAGACAGAACUAAUACAUUUUAUGCAUCUUGAUAAAUAAACAUGGUGAAUUUAUUGCUUUUAAGGUCUCAUUCUGCUGUACAGGCACAUUUACAGUUUCAGCUGACCUAUGUUUAACAGUUUGUUCCUUCAGAUUUGACUUUGCG